AUGUUUCCAAGGACAACAACUAUGGUUACAGUGGGCGGUCUGGUCGGUGGAGGAGAUUCAGAAUUGCUGGGGAUCCUUCGACCGUAUUAUUCAAUGGUGGAUAUGUCUGCCAAUGGAAACAAGCAGGGAAUGGGCUCCUAUCUUCAUGUGUUGCCUGAUUCAAAGGAAGGAGACGAACCUAUCUACACAUUGGGUGCCUCAUUCUAUGGUGGUUUGGAGCCAGCUGGAGCAAAAAUGGGCUACAUGACUCGCCCAUUCGGAUAA